CUGGGUUUUCGGCCUUCACGAAUCAAGCAGAGAUUCAGCAAAGCAGCAGCAACCAUGAGCAAGAUUCAAGCCAGCGGCGUCCGUGCCGCCACCCGUGAGUUGCUCACCUUCUCCACGGAGGAGAAGCCCCGUAAGUUCGUUGAGACCGUCGAGCUCCAGAUUGGUCUCAAGAACUACGACCCCCAGCGUGACAAGCGUUUCUCUGGAACCGUCAAGCUCCCCAAUGUGCCCAAGCCCAAGAUGAAGCUUUGCAUCUUGGCUGACCAGCACCACAUCGACCAGGCCAAGGCCAUCGGCCUCGAGUUCAUGUCGGUUGAGGACUUGAAGAAGUUGAACAAGAACAAGAAGCUGAUCAAGAAGCUCGCCAAGAAGUACGACGCUUUCCUCGCUUCCGAAGUCUUGAUCAAGCAGAUCCCCCGUCUCCUCGGUCCCGGUCUGUCCAAGGCCGGAAAGUUCCCCACCCCGGUCUCCCACAACGACAACUUGGAGGACAAGGUCACUGAGAUCAAGUCCACCAUCAAGUUCCAGUUGAAGAAGGUUCUUUGCCUUGGUGUCGCCGUCGGUCACGUCCAGAUGACUGAGGACCAGCUUGUCAACAACACUAUGUUGGCCAUCAACUUCCUUGUCAGUUUGUUGAAGAAGAACUGGCAGAACGUGAAGUCCCUCUUCAUCAAGUCCUCCAUGGGCAAGCCCGUCCGUGUGUACUAGAUGAUGCUUAUGGGACUUGGGAGCCACGCUCCAUGCGCUUGGGAAAGGGUUUGCGCUGAAACUCAGAAAAAACUCUAUCUGCAGCGUACCAAGGCGCCGCGCAUCCUCAUGGGGAUGUUGCGGUCGUCAUUUGGGAGCUGAAUCUCUGCUCAAAUAAUAGUAAAUAUAUUGUUUCAAAAAA